AUUAUUUUGCCUUGUUGGUGUGACCAAAUCAAUUCCCGGGCACAGGCCAUUUAGAAAAGGGAGAAAAGAAAGGAAAGGAAGAAAGAAAAAGUAUUCGCGGAUGGGUCGGCCGACUCAAUCCCGUUUGUCUAUUACUCGUGUUCUUCGCUUCUUCACAGUUCUCCUGCCAGAAAGAAAAAAAAGACAAUCAGACCUCGGCCUUUUGUAUCAUCUAAACUUUUGUGGGACAACAAACUGCAGACACACUCAGUCAUGUCUGUAAUCCAAGUCAUCUCCGCGGUAACUGUUGCCUGGGCGCUAGCUUGCUUGUUUACUCGCGCCUCGAAGCUCCAGCGAAACAUCGCCAGCGCCAAAAGAACAGGCUUCAAUUACGUCAUUUGUCCGUAUCAUCCCCACAAUGCACUUUGGUUGACCGUUCAAGUUCCUUUCUUGUCCCUUCUCAGGGCUGUGGUACCGGCAGUAAUGGGAACACUUACAGUAACUGUCAUGACAAAGGACUGGGCAUUCAAAAUCGACCAUGGCGAGAUCUGGCAGAAGCUUGGUGACACAUUCAUUGUGGUUACCCCUUGGACCCUGAUCGUGUACACCCGCUGCCCAGAGGCCAUCCAUCAGAUCACCAGCCGGCGCCUCGACUUCCCCAAGGCCGUCGAGCAGUACGGGGUCCUGGAGAUGCUCGGCGCCAACAUUGUCACGACCGAAGGUGCCGUCUGGAAGAUGCACCGCAAGGUCACGAGCUCACUGUUCAAUGAGGUCAGCGCCGCAAAUGCUUUUGAUGAGACUAUCCGUCAGACACAGAGCAUGCUGCGGCUCUGGAGGGGCCAGGGCGGCGAUGAUAGCCAGGACGCAGCCGACGACAGGACAAUCAGCUCGUUGGCACACGAUACCAUGACCCUGGCCUUGAACAUCAUAGGCACCGUUGGUUUCGGUCUGCGAUUCCUAUGGCCCGGAGAGAAGGCGUCUGAUAAUCAGGACCCAAGGAUGAACAAGUACACGCAGUCUGAGAAAGAUUCCAACUAUCUCAUGACAUUUCCUAAUGCCACGGCAGGGAUGCUGGAAAAUAUCUUUGCCAUCUUGCUUGUCCCCAGUAUCCUUUUGGGUCAUCUCCCGUUCGAAUGGGCAAGGUCUGCCCAUGAGUCCAAUGUCACGUACAUCCGAUACAUGCGCGAGCUCGUCAAGGACAAGAAAGAGGACCUGCAAAAAGGGGUCCCCAAGACCGAUGAACAUAUGGACAUUGUCGGUGCCCUUGUGCGGGCCAAGGAUGAGCAGCAGAAACAGCAGGAUGUGCGCAAGACAGAUACCAUAUCGCCUGGCCUACAGCUCACAGAGGACCACAUCAUCAGCAACGCCUUCAUCAUGAUGUUGGCCGGCCAUGAGACGUCGGCAAACAUGCUACACUUUGCAAUGGUCCUCCUGGCCGCGCACCCCUCGUCCCAGCGUGCCAUGCAGGCCGACCUGGACAGGCUAUUCCCCGACGGGGACGAGGAACCGACAGGUUGGAGAUUCGAGAACUGCAUCAACGACCUCCUCACCUCGAUACCGGGUGCCGUCCUCAACGAGACGCUGCGCUUCAUCCCGCCCGUCGUCGUGAUCCCCAAGCAAGUCUCACCCGCCCACGACCAGGUCCUGCGCCUCAACGGCGGUAAUGCCGAGCAUGUCCUCCCUGCCGGCACCACUGUCUCAAUCACAGUUGUCUCCGCGGCCCGGAACGAGAAAUUCUGGCCACCCAACGAGGCAGGGGAGAGCGACGUCCACGAGUGGAUCCCAGAGCGGUGGUUCCGGGCGUCAUCGUCGCCGUCGCCGGUGGAGACUGCUCGGACGCGCGUCGAAGAAUCCCGUGCUGCUGCUGACGACGAUGCCACCGACGACGAGGGCGACGGGCUGGAGACCACGAGCGCCGGGGCCGAGAGGCCCAUGUUCCGCCCUGUCCGCGGCCUGUUUGUCCCCUUCUCCGACGGGGCCAGGAGCUGCCUGGGCAGGAGGAUAGCACGGGUCGAGACGGUGACGGCGCUGGCCGUCGUCUUCCGCAAGUACAGCAUGGAGCUCGCGGUUGACGAGUGGGCCGACGACGAGGCCGUAGACCGGAUGAACGACAAGGAGCGGGCCGAUCUGUACGGCAAGGCCAUAGCGAGGUGCAUGCAAACUUUGGAAACCGCCACGUCCACUCUGACUCUCAAGCUGCCCAAGGAUAAAUGUGUACCGAUACGGGUCGUCAGAAGAGGGAAGGAGAGGUUCGUCAGUUCAGUGUGAUUCGGGCUUAUGAAUAAGAUGACGCAGAUGACGAAAGAAUAUCUAGACUAGAAGUAGAAUCUAGAAAAAAUAAAGGAACGAUUCCA